AUGAAUAACUUCACCACACCUGAAACAUUUACAAACUCCACAACUCAGUCCUUCGGGCUAAUAGAGAGUCUAGAAAUCUGUGUGCACAGCAUCAAUUUGUUUUUUAGUCUUCCUGCACACUCCUAUAUUAUAUGGCUCAUCAUCACAGGAACACUAAGUGGAGUUGCAUCAGAGUUCUUCAUCCUCAAUCUCUCUGUUUGUGAGCUUGGUAUCUGUCUGAAUGGUUUGGUCUUUAUACUAUCAAGGUGGAUCUCAAGCCUUGAUAUAUUAGAUAUGUUUUUAAUAGGACUUACAACCACAGGUCGUCCUCUGUUUCAGUGUCUGAUGUGUGUUGAGCGUUACCUGGCAGUGGUUCAUCCUGUAACCUUUCUGAAGUACAAACCUCUCAGAUAUAGAGUGAUCUGCUGCACUGCUAUAUGGAUCAUUAGUCUUGGCUCGUGUUUGGUCUGCAUGUAUAAUUUAGCCUCAAAAAAUGUUAAUGCAUAUGCAUGGUUCUUGACCAUGCAGCUUACACUGGUCAUCUCCAUCCAGUUGUUUUGUCUUGUGGCUGUUCUCAGAGCUCUGAAGCAGUCAGGACCAGGAGAGAGAAGAAGAAGAGAGGAGGAAAACCACAUGAAGAGAAGAGCAUUUCAUCUCAUUCUAAUAACUACUGUGACCAUGAUUAUCCUAUAUUUCCCAUUUAUAAUCACAGGAAUCUCUAUCAUUCUGACAGCAGACAAUUCUCCAACAAUUUGGUUCACUAGUUUGACUUGUUUUAUUCUGGCUGGUUUUGUUCAGCCUGCUCUUUAUCUGCACAGAACUGGAAAACUCUCCUGCCUCUGUUCAUCAUAA